CGACAAAUUGUAAAAAACAAAACGUAAAAAUCAUCAGAAAAUUUUGUACAAAUAUUUAAAUAAAUAGCAUAAUAUUGUGUUAUUUAUUUAAAAAAAUAUAUUUAUAAUUUAAAUAUACAAAUUAUUUGAAAAAAAAAGAAACAUUUAAAAUAAAAAAUAUGGAUACUAAUUUAACUCAAAGUUUGGAAGAUGUUGGAUAUGAAGGUUAUUUACUUGAUGAAAAAAAAUUAAAUCAAGCACUAGAAAAAGGUGCAAAAUCACCAGAUUUUACUGGACUCGUUGCUUGGUUUGCUGAUGAAUUUGUACUUUAUGAAAAUAUUGAAGAACGUAUUAAUCCAACAACAUCAUCUGAUGAUUCAAGUAUUUUUCUACUAGAAUUAAGUUCAUUUUUAAAAGAACUUGGAUGUAUUAAUGUACAGUUAACUUCUGGAAAUGUUAAUCAAAGACUUUCAACAAUUGAUCAUAGAAUUUUGUUGAUUGAAUAUUUAAUAAUGGAACUAAUGUCAUGUAAAAUAAAUAAUGCUAAAAAAACAAAUAUUCCAUCAAUCAAUAAUCAAGUAACAAUUAAUGAAAGUGAUACAGCAAAAUGUCUAAAAGACAUACUUGUAACUCUUGAAAUAGCUAAACCACCUGAUACAAUAACAUCAUUACAAUUAUUUAAAAAAAUUGAGGAUAAAUUAAUUGUCAUAUUAAAAUCUGUACCCAAGGAUUUACUUGGUUCACCAUUAAUCAUGGGAGAAUUAUCAAAAAAACAAUGGGAUGAUUUGGAUAAAAUCCAGGAAGAAAUGAAGACUGAAUAUAAAACACGUAAAGAAAUGUUGCUCAAAAGACUAGAUGUUACUGUUAAAUCAUUCUUGUGGUCUGAUCGUAUAAAAGCAAAAGAAGAUCAAUUAAAUGCUUGUUAUUAUGCAAAACGUGAAAAAAUGUCAACAGAGCCAAAUGUAAAAAUUUCAAAUUUAUUAUCAUCACGUGAUGAUUUGGCAAUAAUUGAAAAAACAAGUAAUGCAUCUGUAAGAAAAAAUACACGUAAUGAUGUAACAAAAGUUAUAAUUGGUGAUGUACCAGAUAGAGGUGGUCGUCCAAAUGAAGUUGAACCACCACCAAGAGAAAUGCCAUCAUGGCAAAAAGAUAGACAACCAGAUUUACCUAGAGGUGGAGGUAGAGGUGGUGGUAGAGGUGGUAGAGGUAGAGGAGGUGAUGGUGGAUAUCAAAAUCGUAAAGAUGCAACAGCAAAUUUUGGACAAAAUAUUGAUAAUUAUGACAAUAAACAAGCAUCAUAUGAUCAGCCAAGUUAUGAUAACAGAGGAGGUGAUUAUGAACGACGUGGUGGUCGAGGAGGUGGUGGUGGUGGUUAUCAUCGAGGUCGAGGUGGACGUGUUCAAGGAGGCUGGGCUCAAGGUGGUCAUGCUAGAGGAGGUAACAGAUCACAAUAUUAGUUUAAAAAAUUAAAUAAAUUAGUCACAUCACAUCACACAUUAUACGUAAUGAAUUUGUUCAAAUUGUUUAAACUGAACAAGUAGUCAAAAAAAGUGUUCUCAAAUAUAUAUAAAUAUCUUUUACAUUAUUUUAUAUAUAUUUUUUUCAUUAAACUUAAUAUCAAAAUAUGAAUUUUGUACAUUUAAAUUAUAUUCAUUGUAUUUAUUCAUUUUUCUUUGUACUAAUUCAAAUAAUAAUUAAUUCAUAUGUUUAAAAUGAAAAAUAGUAAUAUUAGUUUUAUUUUUAAUUUAUUAACAAGGUAGUUAUUUAUAAUGAUUUUUAUAUUUUAUUAAAAUAUGAAAG